ACUUCUAUUCACGCCAAAAAAACCUUCCUAAAAAAUAUCUUCAACUCCAACCAUUGUAGUGUUGUUGAAAAACAGACUUCUUUAGCUUUUGUGUGUUAUAUAACAGUGUGCCGUUUCUGUUUGGAUUCAACAAAAUUAACCACACCACAAAAAUGGAGAUAUGGUUCAUCUUCUUAAUCUCCCUCUCCAUCUGCUCUCUUCUCACCUCCAUUUUUACCCAUUUCCAAACCUCCACAAAGCUUCCACCAGGCCCUCCUUCGAUCCCCAUCCUCACCAAUUUCCUAUGGCUCCGCAGAUCCUCCCUCCAAAUCGAGUCUCUUCUCCGGAGUUUCGUCGCUAAAUAUGGUCCUGUUCUCACCCUCCGCAUCGGCUCCAGACCUACUGUCUUCAUCGCCGACCGUUCAAUUGCCCACAAGAUCCUCGUCCAAAAUGGUGCUCUCUUUGCUGACCGUCCACCGGCGCUAUCCGUUGGUAAAGUCAUCACUUCCAACCAACACAACAUUAGCUCUGCUUCUUACGGCCCGCUUUGGCGCCUCCUCCGCCGCAAUCUCACUUCUCAAAUUCUCCAUCCUUCUCGUGUCAGGUCCUACAGUGAAGCUCGCAAGUGGGUUUUGGAUAUUCUUCUCAAUCGUCUUCAGUCUCAGUCUGAAUCUGGAAACCCCGUCUCAGUCAUUGAGAAUUUUCAGUAUGCCAUGUUUUGUUUGUUGGUGUUGAUGUGUUUCGGGGAUAAGCUUGAUGAAUCCCAGAUUCGCGAAGUCGAGAACGUGGAGCGAGCAAUGAUAUUGAGUUUUCAGCGUUUUAACAUUCUCAAUUUCUGGCCUAAAUUCACAAAGAUUUUGUUUCGAAAACGCUGGGAGGCGUUUUUCCAACUAAGAAAGAACCAAGAGAAGGUCCUAACUCGUUUGAUCGAAGCCCGAAGGAAAGCCAAUGGAAACAGAGAAAACAAAGCCCAAAAUGAAGAAGAAGAAAUAGUGGUGUCAUAUGUUGAUACGUUGCUUGAAUUGGAGCUCCCUGACGAGAAGAGAAAGCUUAAUGAUGACGAAUUAGUUACUUUAUGCUCCGAAUUCCUCAACGCCGGCACCGAUACAACGUCCACAGCCUUGCAGUGGAUAAUGGCGAAUUUAGUGAAAUACCCAGAAAUCCAAAACAAGCUUUUUGUAGAGAUGAAAGGAGUAAUGGGAAAUGGAUCAAGGGAGGAAGUGAAGGAAGAGGUUUUGGGGAAACUUCCAUAUUUGAAAGCUGUGGUUUUGGAAGGAUUAAGAAGACACCCACCAGCGCAUUUCGUGCUACCACACGCAGUGAAAGAAGAUACAGAGUUGGAAAAUUAUGUGAUACCAAAGAAUGUGACCGUAAAUUUCAUGGUGGCGGAAAUAGGUCGGGAUCCGAAAGUGUGGGAAGAUCCGACGGCGUUUAAUCCAGAGAGGUUCAUGAAGGGCGGGAAAGAAAAAGAAGAACAAGUAGCAGAGUUUGAUAUAACAGGGAGCAAGGAGAUAAAGAUGAUGCCGUUUGGAGCAGGGAGGAGGAUAUGUCCUGGAUUUGGUUUGGCCAUUCUUCAUUUGGAGUAUUUUGUUGCUAAUUUGGUAUGGCGGUUCGAAUGGAAGGUCGUUGAUGGAGACGAAGUUGAUAUGUCGGAGAAGGUAGAGCUCACCGUUGCCAUGAAGAAGCCUCUGAAAGCUAAAAUACAUCCAAGGAUCCAUACUGAGAGCUGAUUUUGUUGUAUUAUAAGUUUCAUCAGGGUUGAAUUAUAGAAAUUGGUAACAAAUGUUUCAAUAAUAUUUUCAAAAUUAGGAAGUUUCUUUC